CAGAAAUUUUGCCUGUGUCAGAAGUGUGAGGGAAAAUGGAUUCCCAGAUCAACUUUCUACCACCAUGAAAGACAGUAUGUGAAAAGUAUUAGUGCCCCGAUAGUACCAAAAUUCCCAUAUGAUGAGGCUAUUUUCACAGAUUGCAGAUUCCAGCAGCCAUUAUUUGAAGGAUCAACAACUAGCGUUUUAGAUGCAGUGACAAAACACAUGUACAUAUUUAGUAUGAACCAUGGCAUGUCAAAAUCAGCAGUGUCGGAUUCCUUGGCCUGUGAAAAGUCAUCACUUCCACAACCUAAUUGCCUGCCACAGUCAUUCCGAGAAGCCAAAGAUUUCAUAUCGCCACUCCUGAUGCCUCUUGAGAAGUAUGAUGCCUGCGUCAAUGACUGCAUACUUUACAGAGACUUAAAAGACAAAGAAUAUUCCAGUUUGCAGAAUUGCCCUAUCUGUGGUGAACCAAGGAAAAAGAGAGGAGUUGUGCAGAAAAAAUACACUUACAUGCCUUUAGGACCAAGACUGAGUCGCUGGUUUGGGACUUCUAACUUGUGUAAAUUGCUUUAUUCAAAUAGAGGAGUCUCUGCAAAUGGAAAUCUAAGAGACUUUACCGAUGGCAAAGUGUACAAGUCCUGGUUCGAAACUGGAGGGGUCUUCCAAGGACAGCAGGAAUGCCAUACAGUUCCAUUGUCCCUAUUCACAGAUGGAGUGAAUCCUAAUAAACACAUGACCAGUCAGAAAUCCAUGUGGCCUCUCAUUCUGACGUGGAUCAACCUACCAUUUGAAAUUCGCCAACUUUUAGGACCUAUGCUGUUGGUAGGAGUAAUUCCCAGUGGAAUUAACGGCAGUGAGCCAAAGUCCCUGGAGCCAUAUCUAGAACUUCUAAUUGAUGAACUUCUAUCACUUUCGGAAUUCACACUGUACAAUGCGUAUGAAAUGGCACCGAUGAAUGUGAAAGUGGCAUUACUUCAGUACCUGUGUGAUAUUCCAGCAUAUUCCAAAGUGUUUCAUCUGCCUGGACAUGGUGCACUGAGAUCUUGUCCGUACUGCCGAGAUGUAGGAGAGUAUUGUAAACAUCUGCACAAGACUAUCCAUCUCUCAAACCGUAGGUUUCUAGAUUCGAAUCAUCGAAUGAGGUCUGAGGAUGGCUUUGGUAAACGUGGUUGUGAAAGGGAGCAGAAACCAACAUCUUAUACAUGUGAAGAGGAAGCUGAGCUGCGCAAAGAAUUUGAGCUGAAAAGAAAUAAAUCCCAGAAAGCUAAACACCAGAAAGAAACCGGUCUAAAAGGAGAAUACUCCCUUCAGAAACUUCCGUACCACAAUAGGAUGCAGCAGAUGCAAGCAGACGGGAUGCACACCUUUGCAGACUUUGUGAAUCAUGUUUUAGAAAUGUUGACUGGAAAACUGAGUUCAGAGAAAGUCUUACAUUGUGAACAUUCAUAUGCACGAUUUACAGACAUCGUAGCGGACGACGAGCAGCUGGAAAGUAGGCCAAAGAAAAAGAAGACCGACAAGACUCAAACUUCACGCCAAGACAGUUCACGAACAAUUCCAUGGGAACUUACAAAGAAGCAGAUUAAGGAAGCUGACAAGAGGGCCUGUGAAAUAGUAUACAGCCAAGCUAAUGGGAUUACACCUGGGCCACAUUUCUCCAAGCCCUGGACAUUGAGAACUAUGAGUUCCAAGUUACAGUUUGUGACUACUGGUGGGCUUCAGUGGUGUAUCAGGGGAUUUUUACCUCCAAAGCAAGAAGAAACUCUUUUCUUUGUAUUUGAUACCCUGAAGAGAGUUAUCUCCUCAUCCAUUUAUCAAGCAGCCAUUGAACAGUUGCAGAUUGAUGUUCAUCAUGCUCUGUGUCUAGUGGAGAGGGAUUUCCCACUGUCACUCCAGAAUUUGACUACACAUCUUAUACAUCACAUCGUGGAUGGUCUAGAAGAAUUUGGCCCAGUUUAUGGUCGUUGGCUGUUUCCCUACGAAAGGGCUAAUGGAUGGAUUAGCCGUCAAUGCUUGAGAAAAGGUGUCGAGGAGUCAACUGUGAUGGAAACAUAUGUAGUAAGUUUAAUUAAGUAUAAUUACUAUUUUUCCAAAGAAAAUUACUGUUAA